AAUAGAAGAGGCCCUACAAAAACCUUACUCCUUUGAGAACCUGAACAGAUCUUCACUCAGAUAACUGUGUCAUCAGUACAGCACCUCGUGAAGAGACAGCAGGAAAACACCAGCAAGCAGUACAUUCUUCCCUCUCUCUUCUCUCUCGUUUACUUGUUCCAUGAGACCUUCUUCAUUAGUUCGGCAGAUCAAGCUGCUCAUGUCCUCCUUCCAACACAAGCAAGAUUCCUCUCUAGGCCUUCUUUCCCUAUAGGUGAGACUUGAACCAGCUUGAAGGCAGUCUACUCUCAGAACAGAAGGUUACAAAAAGCAUGCCAUUAAUUGGUCCCAUCAGCAGCUCUCUCUCUUCUUCGUCUCCUUGAGUUAGUCCAGGUAAAAUAUCUGAGGCUGUUCCACACAAUGGAGGUCCUGUUGAUGAACUGUGGAUCUUAUUUUAUAGCUUCCAACAGUCCAUUCCAAUCUCCUUAGUUUUCUACCCCUCUUCCCCUGUGCCAACACACCUCAGUCACAUGCAUUGCUCCCAGUUGAAGCCCCAGUAAUGUAUUGUCUUCCCUCUCCAUUUGCCUUCCUCUCUUAGCUUAUAGCUGAAGCUCUUCAGGCCAGAAUUUGCUGAAUCUUCCAACCCUCCUCUUGCUCUCUCGGUCACUGAGACAUGAUUUGCUCCGGAGCACGAGCAACAUGAGCUCCCAAAGUCGUAGGCUCCAGACCAAAUGGCAGAUCACUAGUUAUCUUCCUCUGCUCCUAUCUUUUCUUCUCCUGAUCAGUCCAGCGUUGGGCCUCAAUCAAGAUGGAGUGCUGCUGCUUAAGUUCAAGUACUCCAUCCUCAGCGACCCCCUCGCCGCGCUCGGCGACUGGAACUACUACGACGCCACGCCGUGCUCGUGGAAUGGAGUCGUGUGCAUGGGCUUCCCGGAUGCCGCUGCUCUCAACUGGACUGUUGCUACCGAUACUAGGAGUGAUGGUGGUGGCAAUACACAGGUUCCCACGUCUUCCAGAGUGAUCAGCUUGGUCCUGCCCAACUCCCAGCUCUUGGGCUCCGUCCCUCCCGAGCUCGGCCUCGUUGAACACCUCCGCCACCUCGACCUCUCCGGCAACAUUCUCAACGGCACCCUUCCUGCCUCCCUCUUCAACGCUUCCGAGGUCCGGGUGCUCUCGCUAGCCGACAAUGCCAUCUCCGGAGAACUUCCGGAGCUCGACUGGCGCAUGAGCAGCAGCCUGCAGGUGCUCAACCUCUCCGACAACGCUUUGAUCGGCAGGCUGCCGGGUAACCUUUCUCGCCUGCCAAAUCUCACCGUCGUCUCUCUUGCCAACAACUUCCUGUACGGCGAACUCCCCGGUGGUGGGUUCGAGAGGCUCCAGUACUUGGAUCUCAGCUCCAACCUCAUCAAUGGCUCCUUACCGUCUGAUCUGGGUGGACCGAGGGUCCGGUACUUGAACCUGUCCUACAACCGCCUCACCGGCGCGAUCCCGCCGCAGCUGGGGGCGAGUAUUUCUGCUAGUGCCACGGUGGAUCUCUCGUUCAACAAUCUCACCGGAGAGAUCCCGCAGGGUGGCGCUUUCGCCGCUGAGAAGCCGAUGGCGUUCAUGGGGAACCCAAGUCUCUGCGGGAGGCCGCUCAGGAACCCGUGCGCCAUCCCCUCUAUCCCGUCUUCCCUCUCCUACCCUCCUAAUUCCUCCACCCUGGCUCCGCAGGCGCCCAAGUCUCCCCCGGCCUUCGCGGCGAUACCCGAGAACAGGGACGAGACGUCGCCGACAGAUAGCGUGAAAAGCUCCGCAGGACGAGGGUCUCUCCGUCCGGCGGCUGUUAUCGGGAUCACGGUGGGUGAUUUGGCCGUCAUUGGGAUCCUUUUCAUUGUGUUCUUGUACGUAUACCAUGUGAAGAAGAAGAGGUCACAAGAGCAGCAGAAAGAAGUUGGGCUGAAGGAAGAUCCGCCACCACCCGUAGCAGCAGCAGCAACAGCCACAACAACAAUGGCAGCCCCUGAAUCCAAAGGAGUAGGCGGGUUCUCUUGUUGCUUGAGAAAGAAAGGCGCGGACGGAGGCGACACCGAGGAGACGUCGGAGACCUCGGAAUCCUCCGAGACGGAGGCAGAAGAGGAAGAAGCGACGAAGGGAACGAAGGAGGGCGAGGAUGGUAAAUCCCACCCGCAGCAGAAGGAACAGGGGGCUACUCUCGUCAUGGUUGACGGCGAGACCGAGCUGGAAAUGGAGACUCUGCUCAAAGCCUCGGCUUACAUUCUCGGCGCCAGCGCGUCCAGCAUCGUCUACAAGGCUGUCCUUGCUGACGGCACCGCGUUGGCCGUCCGCCGGAUAGGGGAGAGCGGUGUCAUCGACAAGUUGAAGGAUUUCGGCGCCCAGGUCCGCGUUAUUGCCAAAUUCCGCCACCCGAAUCUCCUCCGCCUCCGGGGGUUCUACUGGGGCACCGAGGAGAAGCUCCUUAUCCAUGACUAUGCCCCCAGUGGCAGCCUCGCCAACAUCUCUUUCAGCAAGAAGCUCGGCUCGUCGCCGUUGCAUCUGAGCUGGGAGGCGCGACUCAGAAUAGCGAGAGGAGUGGCGAGGGGGCUCGCCUACAUCCAUGAAAAGAAGAGCUUGCAUGGCAAUCUCAAACCGAGCAACAUUUUGUUGGAUUCGGACAUGGAGCCAAAGAUCGGAGAUUUCGGCCUCGACAGGGUGAUGUUCGGCGUGGGCACGUCGGCCCGGCAAUUCGGGAGUAAGCGGUCGAUGCAAUCUUCCAUCAGUUUGCCGGAUCUAUCGGCGGCCACCGGAGCUAGCCCUUCCGUCGGUUCCUCCGCUUUAACAUUCGCCCCUCGGCCGUAUCAAGCACCGGAGUCCCUGAGGAACCUGAAACCCAACACCAAGUGGGACGUCUACUCAUUCGGGAUGGUGUUGCUGGAGCUGAUCGCCGGGAGAGUGUUCUCGGAGGUGGAGCUCUGUCACUGGAACGCAGGGUUUGUGGUGGAGGAAAGGAAUAGGCUUCUAAGGAUGGCCGACGCAGGCAUAAGAGGGGAGGUGGAAGGCAAGGAGGCGGCUCUGUUGAGCUGCUUCAAGCUGGGGUUCGCUUGCUGUGCCAUGGCGCCUCAGAGGAGGCCUUCCAUGAAGGACGCAGUCCAGGUGCUGGAGAACAUAUCUUCCAGCUCUUCUUCUUCGCUCCCAUAUCCAUAGCCUUCUCCUGUAGAAUCAGCAACGCCAUUAACAUUGAUUCGUUCGUCUUUGAUGCGUUCAAUCUUUAAGGGAUUAUUGUUGUUCUGGAAACGAUUAAGCCGUGCACACCGUACUGUUCGUAUGAAUUGGUAGCAGCAACGCGAAGGUAAGGUUCUUCCAUGGCCCCCGGAUUCAACCUUGGAAAGCUACUACCAACAAAUAAAGAGGAGGGCCACUCUCUUGCCACUCUGUGGCAGUACAGAUUCUUUGCUCUCUCCUCGUGCAUCCAUAAUUAAGCCUUCCCUAGAUCUCCCAUUUCGCCAGUGCCAUAACACAAAUGUGGAGGUGUGUAUGCUGUAAGCAUCUGUGACCAAAGAAGGAUGAGGCUGUAGGUAUUGAUCCUUAUGAACAGGCCAUAUAUGGUUACUGGGGACAAGAAUUCCAGUUGUGCAAACUGGAAUACGUACUUACUGGACUCGAGGAAGAGCAUCACCUCCGAAAUGGACUCGAGAAGAAGAAAAGAGUGGUGGAAGACUUCUCCCCAAACUUAUCGUAUAGCAGGAUAUUUUUGUGGUUGCAGUGUUUCAUUUGGUCAUUGCCUAGUUUCUGUGCGAGCAAAUUGUAGCAAGGAAUUUGUUGUACCAAUUUUCUGGAACAGAAUGUUUAAGCAAAUUUGCUGUUAUUUAUUAA